UUUCUUCAUCAUUUGAUCAUCUUAAUUCACUUCAUUUCCAUCUUCUAUCUAGCUACGUACCUAGCUCACUUUGUUCUCUCUUUCUUUUUUUUUGACAUUCUACUCUAGUUGAUCAUAAUGUGGAUGGCAGCCCAUCACAUUCCCACCAGCACCACCACUACUAUCACCCCCGCCACGAACACCCCCCUUAACAAAAUCAAUAAGCAAACUAGUGGACAUCAAAAGAAGGAAGAAUUAGAAAGAGAGGUGUCGACGCUUCAAAAGAUGCUAGACCACGAAGAAAAAGUUGGGGAGCUUCUUAAGCGCACGUACCAACAACAAGACCAUUCCGCCCUUCAUAUCCCAAAUUCACUUCCUCUAAAGAUGAAGGAGUUAUUGACAGAACUAGCCAUGGUUGAGAACGAAAUAACAAGACUAGAAAGCCAAAUCAGUCAUCUUCAAACUGACUUAGACCGAGAGAAAGAAGCCACAAGAGAAACUAAACUGAAACAAGGGCAAUUUCGUCGAAUUUCCAAUAGUCCUCUUGCUCCAACGACACCCUUAAUGUUGCCAAAAACUAAGGGAUCAUAUGGUGAAAAACUGUCGUUUGAGACCAAGGCAAUGCACUUCAUUAGUAAAGCCAUAAAGGGUGAUUAUAGUCUUAGAGACUUCAAUUUACAUGAAAAAUCAAAAACAAAAAACGUAUCAUUCUGUCAUGAUGUGAAAGAAAAUCGGCAGAAUGAUGAUCAGGAACUUGGGGUUCGUGAUCGAACCCCCAAAAGAACUGGGAUUCUGAAACCACCCUCACCUGCAAGAGAUACAAGGCAUGUAACUCCUAAGAGAGAUCGCAAUGUACCCGUAUCUUCAGAGUCCUCAUCACAGUCUGAGGAAGAUAACAUAUUAAAGUGGUCACCAAACAAGCUUUCCGAAAACAUAAUGAAAUGUUUGAUCUUUAUUUUCACGAGACUCUUGAGGACGUCGAGAACAAUGGAGAUAGAGAAAUCCGGGCCCAUUUCUAGAUCAGCCAACUUUUCAAUGAGCUUCAGGGCUGAACCCUGCUUAAACUCAAAGGCAAGCCAGCUGCUUCAAAAGGAGUCUAGACAACAAGACCCUUAUGGGAUCUUUAACCAGGAGGACUCAAUUCCUAGAGACAUUGGCUGCUACAAGAACUUAGUGAAAUUCACAUCAACUUCAUUGGACCCUAAAUGCAUUUCGAGUUCAAGUUACAUUCCAUUGCUACAAAAGUUGAGGACUUACAUGAAUGGGCUACAAAAAGUGGAUUUAAAGUUUUUGUCUUCACAACAGAAAUUGGCAUUCUGGAUCAACAUGUACAAUGCUUGUAUAAUGCAUGGGUUUCUUCAAUACGGAGUUCCUUCUAAUCCUGAGAAACUACUCACACUCAUGAACAAGGCGACCCUGAAGAUUGGAGGCAACACAAUAAACGCUCAAGCUAUCGAACAUGUCAUAUUGAGAAGGCAAGAAACCUCAAUCUUAGAAAAGGUCUAUGGGAAGGCGGAUAGAGAUGAUAAAGAAGCCAUCUUUCGCAAACUUCAUGGACUAGAAUCAAUGGAUCCCAAUGUAACAUUCGCAUUGUGUUGUGGCACACGCUCUUCUCCUGCGGUGAGAGUAUAUACAGGUGAUGGAGUUGUGAAUGAAUUGGAAAGAGCAAAGUUAGAAUACCUACAAGCGUCAAUAAUUGUAACAAGUGCCAAGAAAAUAGGACUUCCAGAGCUUUUGCUUAGAAACAUGAAUGAUUUUGCACAAGAUUUGGAAACAUUGGUGGAAUGGUUGUGUCAACAAUUACCAACUUCUGGUUCAUUAAGGAAAUCAAUGGUGGAUUGCUUUAGGGGAGUAAAUAAUGCAAAGGUUUCAUCCAUUGUAGAGAAGCUACCAUAUGAAUUUGAGUUCCAAUAUUUGUUGCCAAUGUAGUCAUUUUAUUUUUGCAUAUAUAUUCUCUGUAUAUUGUUUUGUGUAUA